CAGUAGAGAUGAGACUAUAAUUUGUUUCUUUAUCGAGGAGUCGCCGAAAGCGGCGCUGCAUCAGCUGCUGUCCGCUGUUCCAUGGCGUCUGCGGUUAUGUAGGGUGGCAUAUAUCAGCGCGUUAAGACGCUGAAUUAACAGCUAAUAGAAAUAAUUAAGGAUCCAUUGCUCGCGAGAGACCACAGACGUGAAUGCACGGCUACUCCCAUCUGCGGACACCCUUCGGCUCAACGCAACUAAAUGAGCGAGCGAGAGUGGCAACAACCUCGGGAGCCGGAAGAUCGCCAACUUUCGUCAAGCGACGCUCACCAAACAGCCAGUACACCAGAACCUGAUGGCAGGGAUACCAGCGACACUUUUGCAGAGGCCAUCUCCGAUUUUGACACUAAUGACACCACCAAUGGCUCUGACGAUGAAAACGGAAUCAUAUGCAAAGUGGAGAUGGUGGAAGGAGACGAGGAGAUUCGCGAGUUUGGGGAGGAUUCGGAGGAGGGCCCGCGGACCAAGCACACGUGCCCCGACUGCCCUUUCGAGACAUUCGUGCGGUCAAGUCUGGUGCGGCAUCGUCGCAUGCACGCACGCCGGCCACUGUCGUGCCACCUGUGCGAUGCACACUACCUUGAUCAGACAUCCUUGGCACGACACCUGCGGACUCACGAAGGUGGCCAGGAGGCACUGCUGCCCUGCCCCGAGUGCGGCACUCACUUCACUCGCCGGGACACCCUGGAGCAGCACAUGAUGAUGCACGCGCAGCCCGAGAAGCCUUUCAAGUGUUCCAUCUGCCAGAAGUCAUUCAUGACUUACAAGGAGAUGCAGGCGCACAAAUCGGGCCAUGGGCGCAUAGCUCCUUACGUGUGUGAGGUGUGCGGCAAAGGCUACCUGCAACUCAGCACACUAGCUGAGCACCGCUUCAGCCACGAGGAGGAGCGACGGUUCCCGUGCACACUGUGUGGCAAGCGCUUCUUCUCCUCCAUGGCCUUGAAACGCCAUGGCCGUGUGCAUACUGGCGAGCGCCCAUUCCGAUGCCUGACAUGUGGCCUCAACUUUGCCAUCAGGGCCCACCUUCUCGCCCACAAGCGCACCCACACUGGGGAGCGACCCUUUCCAUGUCCCUCAGAAACGUGCCCACAGGCGUUCAGCACUUCAUCGGCUGCAAAGCGGCAUUUUCUCAACAUCCACUCCAAAGAUGCCCAGAAGAAGACCGCAGCAAAGAACAGUGGAGGGCAGCAAACAUCUGAACAUGGCGAUGGUGAAGACUAUAUCUUGGGGACAUACGAAUCUGACAGCAUGGAUACCAGUGACGCUGUUGUAGGCGCCACUAUCGAUCCUGACACUAAUGGCACCACCAAUCACUCCAACAACAUUAUAUGCAAAGUGGAGAUGGUGGAAGGAGACAAACUCCGUGAAUCUGAGGAGGAUUCGGAGGAGGAGGGCCCACGGACCAAGCUCACAUGCUCCGACUGCUCUUUCGAGACAUUCGUGGGGUCAAGCUUUAAGAGGCACUGUACCAUGCAUGCGCGCCAGCGACUGUCAUGCCACCUGUGUGAUGCACACUACAUGGACCAGGGUUCCCUGGCAAGACACCUGCAGACACACGAGGGUGGCCAGGGGGCACUGCUUCCCUGCCCCAAAUGUGACACCCAUUUCACUCGCCAGGAUACCCUGGAGCAGCACAUGAUGAUGCAUGCGCAGCCUGAGAAGCCUUUCAAGUGUUCUGUCUGCAAGAAGUCGUUCAUGACCUACAAGGAGAUGCGGGCCCACAAAUCGGGUCACGGAAUAAAAGCUCCUUACGUCUGUGAGGUCUGUGGCAAAGGCUACCUGCAGCAUGCCACCCUAGCCGAGCACCGCUUCAGUCACGAGGAGGAACGAAAGUUCCCGUGCAUGCUGUGUGGCAAGCGCUUCUUCAACCCCAUGGCCUUAAAACGGCAUGAACGCGUGCACACUGGUGAACGGCCAUUUCGAUGCCUUACUUGCGGCCUCAACUUUGGCAUUAGGUCUAACCUUAUUGCCCACAACCGCACUCACACUGGGGAACGACCCUUUCCAUGUCCAUCAGAAACGUGCCCGCAGGCGUUCAGCACUUCAUCGGCUGCGAAGCGUCAUUUUCUCCGCAUACAUUUAAAAGGCGCACGGAAGACUGCAGCAAAGAACAGUGGAGGCAUAGGGCAGCAAACAUCUGGAGAUGGUGGUGACGGUGAAGAUUAUAUCUUGGGUUGCACUGAUGAUGUGGGUGGAACCGAGCAGCCAGCAGCACCGACGCCAUACAUUUGCAAGCAGUGUGGAGCCAGCUUCAAGACCCAUUCAGGCCGGUGGGCCCACGAGCGGGCACACAUUGUGGUGCGGCCAUUUUCGUGUCUCGUCUGCCCGCAGGCAUUUGCGAGUAUGCAUGGCGCCUCCAGACACCUUCGCAAGGUCCACAACAUGACGUCCACAGCUAGACGACAGGCAGUAUAGUGCGCUACGAGCCUGUGAGACCGACUCUGUCUUCAGCUUAGCGUUGUGGCGAAGUGGCUGAAAGGAAAAGACUGUGCGUUUGCUUCCAUUUGGUGGGAACCAGUGUGCAGAAAGUUGGUGAGAGUAACUGGAUUGUCUUGUGGUAUGCUUUUUGCUGGUGUGAACUGGACCAAUUUUGGAGGCCAUGCUGAGAGACUGAUGUGAAUUAUUCUUGGCUACAUUUGUUUGAGUCAGUGCUGUUGCUGCAAUGCCUACUUGAAGUUUAAUAUAUAAUAAAAUAUUUUUCCCCACUAUG